GCCAGCCGCAGGCCGGGCGGGUCUGAAGGUCAGGAAUGCUCCCUCCCGGGGAAGCUCCGCAGGGAGAGGACGGGCCCUGGCCUGUGGUUCCCUCCGGCAGAGCCGAGAGCUGGGGAUCUAGCUGGGGACACGUGGGCUUGUGCUGGGGCCCUGGAUGGGACAGCAGUCACAGAGGAAGAGCUGACCAGGGCACCCACGCCCGGGAGCUGCCCCUGCUGCCCUCCAGUCUGGUGGAGCCCGUGGAGGUUACUGCCCUCUCGUCUUUCUGCUGAGAAACCGUUAGGUCUAUUUCCAUGGAGACCAAAGAAUCUGAAGGUUUGGCAAAGCCCCAGAGAAAAUCAGUGAGUGGCUUAUGGAAAAUUGACGCUGAGCUGGCCUCGGCCAGGCCUGAGUCACUCUCAGAAGAAGAGAAGACUCCCUGUGACGACCAGGACAUCCAAGACGAAGAACACCGCCGCCACAUCCCGAUCCAGAGGAACUCCAUCUUCAAUCGCGCAGUGAGACACAGAAGCCAAGCCAAGGCCAGAGGCGCCUCGGAACGGACCCCCACCCGCCCGGCAGAUUCACAGGACGGUGGAAAAUCCAUAAAUGAGCCCCGAAGCAGAGCCCCACAGUGCGGAGCAGUAGUACAGACUGGCACAAGCGUCCAGAAGCUGAGCGAGUCGUCCUCCACCCCUGGCAAUGGGACCACGCCCGAGGAGUGCCCGGCGCUGGCCGACAGCCCCACCACCCUCACUGAGGCCCUGCAGAUGAUCCACCCCAUCCCUGCCGACUCCUGGAGAAACCUCAUCGAACAAAUAGGGCUCCUGUAUCAGGAAUACCGAGACAAAUCCACUCUCCAGGAAAUUGAAACGCGGAGGCAGCAGGAUGCGGAAAUCCAGAGCAGUGAGGAUGGGUCCCCGGCCGGCGAGGACACCCCUGAGGAGGAGGAGGAAGAGGAGGAGGAGGAGGAGCCGGUGAGCCCGCCCGAGAGGAGACCUUUGCCCCAGAUCUGCCUGCUCAGCAACCCUCACUCGAGGUUCAACCUGUGGCAGGACCUCCCCGAGAUCCGGAGCAGCGGAGUGCUGGAGAUCCUGCAGCCGGAGGAGGUCAGACUGCAGGAGGCCAUGUUCGAGCUGGUCACCUCCGAGGCCUCCUACUACAAGAGCCUGAACCUGCUGGUGUCCCACUUCAUGGAGAACGAGCGGCUGAAGAAGAUCCUGCACCCCUCGGAGGCCCACAUCCUCUUCUCCAACGUGCUGGACGUCAUGGCCGUCAGUGAGCGGUUCCUCCUGGAGCUGGAGCACCGGAUGGAGGAGAACAUCGUCAUCUCUGACGUGUGUGACAUUGUGUAUCACUACGCGGCAGACCACUUCUCGGUCUACAUCACCUACGUCAGCAACCAGACCUACCAGGAGAGGACGUACAAGCAGUUGCUCCAGGAGAAGGCAGCUUUCCGGGAGCUGAUUGCGCAGCUGGAGCUCGACCCCAAGUGCAAGGGCCUGCCCUUCUCCUCCUUCCUCAUCCUCCCCUUCCAGAGGAUCACCCGCCUCAAGCUGCUGGUCCAGAACAUCCUGAAGAGGGUGGAGGAGCGGUCGGAGCGUGAGUGCACCGCCCUGGACGCCCACAGGGAGCUGGAGAUGGUGGUAAAAGCGUGCAAUGAGGGUGUCAGGAAGAUGAGCCGCACGGAGCAAAUGAUCAGCAUUCAGAAGAAGAUGGAGUUUAAGAUCAAGUCGGUCCCCAUCAUCUCGCACUCCCGCUGGCUGCUGAAGCAGGGCGAGCUGCAGCAGAUGUCGGGCCCCAAGACCUCCCGCACGCUGCGCACCAAGAAACUCUUCCGGGAAAUUUACCUCUUCCUCUUCAACGACCUGCUGGUGAUCUGCCGGCAGAUCCCGGGGGACAAGUACCAGGUGUUCGACUCGGCCCCGCGGGGCCUGCUGCGAGUGGAGGAGCUGGAGGACCAGGGCCAGACGCUGGCCAACGUGUUCAUCCUACGGCUGCUGGAGAACGCAGACGACCGGGAGGCCACCUACAUGCUGAAGGCGUCCUCUCAGAGUGAGAUGAAGCGUUGGAUGACCUCACUAGCCCCCAACAGGAGGACCAAGUUUGUUUCCUUCACGUCCCGGCUGCUGGACUGCCCCCAGGUGCAGUGCGUGCACCCGUACGUGGCCCAGCAGCCGGACGAACUGACGCUGGAGCUGGCAGACAUCCUGAACAUCCUGGAGAAGACAGAAGACGGGUGGAUCUUCGGGGAGCGUCUGCAUGACCAGGAGAGAGGCUGGUUCCCCAGCUGCACAACCGAGGAGAUCCUGAACCCCAAAAUCCGCUCCCAGAACCUCAAGGAGUGCUUCCGUGUGCACAAGAUGGACGACCCUCAGCGCAGCCAGAAUAAGGACCGGAGGAAGCUGGGCAGCCGGAAUCGGCAAUGACCUCCGUCUCGGGCACCAGCCUGGUGCGAGGAUGUGGGCAGGGGAGCAGGCUGGUGGGGACCCUGACAGACGCAGAGGGCUCUUGGGCUCUUGGGAAGGACAGGCCAGGGCGCCGCAGGCAGCCUUGGUGGCCAGGUGCAUGUCCCGCCCCUGCCCACGCAGUGAGUGCCCGCCCGAGGGUCCCAGCCCUCGCUGGCACUGAUGUACAGGCUGGAAACAGUGCCUGCCUGACCAUCCGCAGAGGAGGAGGGCCAGGCGGUGUUACACCACCGCCCCCCUCAUCUCUUGGGGGCCUCCUCGGACUGGCGGCGGCCUAGAGCCAGGUGAUCCUGGCAGGGUCAGGCGGAAAGUGACGGCUGUCGUGAUCCCCCGCACUGCACGCGUCCUUCCCUACCAGGCACCCAGAGGGCCAACCUUGCCUGACAGCUUCCGGAGUGGCCCUCCGUCUCCGGCUGCCGGGAGGAGCCCGGCCACCUCCGUCCCCCUCCAGCACCUCGGCCACCCCAGCUGCACAGCUGCCCGCGCCUCGCAGGCCCAGGAGGGCUUGGCUGAGCACCCGCUCCGGCUUCUCCGCGGCCAGCAUAACUUGUGUUUUCUGGCCCCUUGGGGAGCCCAGGGGUCUUACGGAAUGAAUUGGUCACUGCAUCCUGUACAGUUACGGUUCCAAGAAAAGCAAAUACCAUUUCCGGCUGCAUUAAAGAAGCAUCACAUACCGAG